AUGCAGAACCCUCAUCCUCCCAUCUACAUAGCGGCCACCCGGACCCUGACUACUCUUGAAUACGUGGUGUCCACCGGCCAUCCCUUGAUCAGCGGCGUGGUGCUGGACCAUACCGACGCAAUGGACCUUUGCCACCGGUUCGUAAAGAUGUCGAGGGAUGCCGGCCACAACAUCCCGAUGUCGCGAAUCCCUCUUUUCCGUUACCUGCACGUCGCCAAGACUGAAGAGGAGGCAAGAGCUAACGCGGAGCCGGCCCUUGCCUGGACUAUGGAUAUGACUGACUGGCGGCGCGCUAUAACAACCGGCAGCGAAGUGAACCAGCGACUGGAUGACUUCAGGCGAACGCGUACCCAAGUGCCCCCAUCCUAUGAUUACUUGGCGGAAAAUCGGGCAAUCAUCGGUACGCCGGAGCAAUGCGUGGCGAAAAUACGCGAAUUCCAGGACGAGGGAAUAGAGUACUUCGGCUGCAAUUUCGACUUCGGCGGCAUGGCUCAAGAAAAGGUAUUGAGAUCCAUGAAUUUAUUCGCCGAAGAAGUUAUGCCUCACUUCUCUUGA